AUGGAUAAAAAAUCACCCAUUACUAGCAAACAUGAAAUACCCGGCACACCUAGGGAAUACAAUGGCAAGGACGACCCAGAUGAUUUCUUACAAAAAUUUGAAGGGACAGCAGAAAUGCAAAAUUGGGUCGAACCAGUGGCGUGUAAAGCAUUCAGAAUGGGGUUAACAAGUGACGCAAGAGAAUGGCUGGGUAGUCUGACAGAAGGAUCGAUAAAUAGCUUUGAUAAACUCAAAACAAAGUUUUUAUCGCACUUCUGUCAACAGAAAAAACACAAGAAAACACAUGUAGCAGCCCACAACAUCAAACAAAGAGAACAUGAAACCUCCAGGGACUUCAUAGAAAGAUUCACCGUGGAAUCACAAGAAAUCACAGGUCUAGUAGAUUCGCAAAGGGUCUCUGGGCUAAUACACGGUUGCCGGAAUAGAGAAUUGGUCGAAUGUUUAAAUACAGAUUCAGCAGAGACAUUUGAUGAAGCAAAGAAGAAAGCCCGCAAAUUCCUGGACACAAAAGAAAUCGGAGCAAGUAAUUUGGAUGACACAAGGUACAAAAAAGGGAAAUGGCAAUCAAAUAAAGACCAGCAACGCUAUAGCCUAUAUAACAGAGAAGAAAAGAGAAGAGAUUAUAACAUAUCACUGCCAGAAAUGACAAAAACCCCAAAGGAAAUAUUACUCAAAGAGGCAGUAGGAAAAACAUUCCCCACCCCAUCAAGGUUAAGUGAAAGAGGAAGACGGGAUAAAGAUAAAUAUUGUGAUUUCCACAAUGACACAGGACACGACACCAAUUCGUGUAUGCAAUUGAAGAAAGCCAUUGAUGAAGUCAUUAAAACAGGAAAAUUGGCACAUCUGGUAAAAGGAAUCCGACAACAGGGAAAACCAAAAGCAGAUGAGUCUGGGGAGCAGAAACACAACAAUACCCAGACAACAAUCUACACAAUCAGACGAGAAAGAUAA